AUGGCUUCCGCAUCAGCAACUGGAAAGCUUUCGCGUGAAGAGUUCCGUCGGCAAAAGGAUCUCGAUGCUGCUCGCAAAGCAGGUACAGCACCGGCUGCCCUCGAUGAGGAGGGCAAAGCUAUCAAUCCUCACAUCCCUCAAUACAUCGCCCAAGUACCAUGGUACCUCGACACUGGCGCGCCCACCCUCAGCCACCAGCGUAUGCUAGACUAUGACCGCUCCGCCGACAAGUUCGACAACUGGUACGAACGCGGCGCCAAGGCCGGUCCUGCUGCGAAGAAGUACCGCAAGGGUGCGUGCGAGAACUGCGGGGCCAUGACCCACAAGAAGCAGGAUUGCCUCGAGAGGCCCCGCCGUCGCGGCGCCAAGUUCACGAACAAGAACAUCUUGCCGGACGAGGUCGUCCAGGACGUUGCCACCGGGUAUGACGCGAAGCGCGACAGGUGGAACGGGUACGACCCCGAGGAGCACAAGCAUGUGUACGAGGAGUACGCCGCCGUCGAGGCUGCGCGGCAGAAGCUGCGCGAGGAGCAGAUUGAUAAGCAGACGACGACUGACUUGGCUGCCGUUCGCAAGGUCGCUCAUGCUGUCAAGGAGAAGGGGGAGGACCAGGACGACGACUUUGGGAGCAGCAGCGAGGAGGACGAGGAUCAGGACAAGUAUGCGGAGGCGGCGGACGCGGUUGGGCAGAAGCUUGACACGAAGACCCGUAUCACCGUGCGGAACCUACGCAUUCGGGAGGACACUGCGAAGUAUCUCAUCAACUUGGAUCCUGAGAGUGCAUACUACGACCCAAAAACCCGUGCAAUGCGUGACAACCCGCUCAAGAACGUUCCUCCGGAAGAGGCGAUAUUUGCUGGAGACAACUUUCUCCGUUCCUCGGGUGAAGCACCCGAGGUCCAGCAACUGCAGCUCUUUGCAUGGACCGCCGCCGCACGGGGCAAUGAUGUGCACAUGAAUGCGAACCCAACUCAGGGCCAGCUGCUCCACCAGGAGUUCCAGCAGAAGAAGGAGCAGCUCAAGGACCUGACGAAAGACAGCAUUCUGAGCAAGUAUGGCGGAGAGGAGUACCUCGAGAAGGCGCCCAAGGAGCUGCUGCAGGGCCAGACGGAGGAGUACCUCGAGUUUUCGCGGACGGGCCAGGUCAUCAAGGGCAAGGAGCGGACCUUGGCGCGUUCGAAGUAUGCCGAGGAUGUCUAUGUGAACAACCAUACAGAAAUAUGGGGCUCUUGGUACGAUCAAACAUCGGGACAGUGGGGAUAUGGCUGCUGUCAUUCCUCCGUCCACCUUUCCUACUGCACUGGCCAAGCAGGUAUCGAAGCAGCGCGAGCAUCGAGUGCGAUGAACCUCCUUGCAUCGGCGACGUCAAAUUCGGCUUCGCCGCCGCCGCCUGAGCCAGUACAAGACGAUCGAAUAGAGGAUCGCAAGAAGAAGGCGGAGGAGCUGUUCUCGAAGAAGCGGCUGGGAGAGGGCGAGGUUUCACUGGACAAGGACCGGCUGGCGCAGGCGAUCGGCGAGGAGAGGAAGCGGAAGGCGCGCGGGGAGGAUGGAGACGACCGGUAUGGGAAGCGGCAGAAGGGUGGGGAGGUUACUCAGGAGGAGCUUGAGGCGUACCGGAUGCACCGGCGGAUGACUGAGGACCCGAUGGCGAAUUAUGUGGACACAGAGGACUAG